AUGUCCGAACAGCCAUCCACGGAACCUCGCGUCAAGUCUCACAAGCGCAACGCGACUCAUCGAAGACGCCGUGACGAUGUUGACUUCGAAGACCGGUGGGGUGAUGAGGAAAUCGUGGAAGAUGAAGAGGAGGCCGAACCUGAGUUCGCAGAAUCGUCUUCGAAAAGGAUAAAACUCUCUGAUGGUUCGCCUUCCCAUCGAGCGAGGCCUCCGACGCCGCCGCCGGAAACCGCUGAAGAAGAGGCUCAGAGAAGAAGAGACGAAGACCUUAAGGAACGGGACGAAUUUGCGCAGAGGCUUGCACAAAGAGACGAGGAACGGUCUAAAAAGGUGGUAGAAGACAGAUCUGCGCCCAAGGAUAGUAUCGCAGCUCAAAGAAGAGCACUCGCAAACGAUGCAGCAGCAAGAGUGGCGGCAAUGCCAGAUCUACGGGUACGGUCUAGACAGGACUACCUCAAGAAGCGAGAAGCCGAACGGUUAGCCCUCCUGCGCAAGCAAGUCGCCGAAGAGCAAGCGGAGUUGAGAGAGAACCCAGACUUGACAAGGCGGGAAAAGGAGGAGUUUGCACGGAAUGCGGAGGUCCUGCGCCUGGCAGAGGAGAGACUGAACAUUGAUGAUCAUCUGGAUGGCUAUGCUCUGCCUGAGGACUACAUCACGGAAAAGGGCAAGAUCGAUCGGCGGAAAAAAGAGCAGGCUCUCUAUCAGCGGUACGUCGAUAGGGAUGAGGUCGGGAGAGAGCGCUAUGUUACAGAGCACGAGGAAUGGGAGAAGGAGCAGACGAAGCGGGCCGAAGCGCAGAUCAAGAAGGCCGAAUUUGUCGAUGAAGGGGACUAUGGUUAUGUCUUCGAUGAGAGCCAGCAGAUGAAGUUCGUCAUGGCGGAAACGUUAGGCGGAGAGAUGGGCAAGGGAAUGACUCGAGAGCAGCGGGAGAUGGCCCAAAGAUUAAGCGCAGCCGAAGCAAAAGCAAAGAGUAUCGAAGAAACCAGGAAGAGCUUGCCUAUCUACCAAUUCCGGGACGAGAUCAUCCAAGCAGUAAAGGAUCAUCAGGUCUUGAUCAUUGUCGGUGAGACUGGCAGCGGUAAAACGACUCAACUACCACAGUACCUUCACGAAGCCGGCUUUACAAAGGGUGGAAUGAAAAUUGGAUGUACACAGCCACGAAGAGUCGCUGCCAUGUCCGUUGCGGCACGUGUGGCUGAGGAAAUGGGCAAGCGGCUCGGCAACGAAGUUGGUUAUGCCAUUCGUUUCGAGGACAACACGUCUGAAAAGACGGUACUCAAGUACAUGACAGACGGUAUGCUGUUGAGAGAACUGCUCACUGACCCCGAAUUGUCGGAAUACUCAGCACUCAUGAUUGACGAAGCGCACGAGCGGACUGUGAGUACGGAUAUCGCUUGUGGUUUGUUGAAGGACAUUGCAAGAGCCAGGCCAGACCUGAAACUUUUGAUUUCCUCAGCGACAAUGGACGCCAGGAAGUUCCAGAAAUAUUUCAAUGACGCGCCCAUAUUCAAUAUUCCCGGUCGAAGAUAUGCUGUUGACGUCCACUACACAGCUCAACCCGAAGCCAACUACCUCGCCGCCGCCAUUACCACGGUCUUCCAAAUUCACAUCACGCAGGGCCCUGGCGAUAUAUUGGUCUUCCUGACUGGCCAGGAAGAGAUUGAAGCUAUGGAAGCGAGCUUGCAGGAAACGGCCCGCAAAUUGGGAAGCAAGGUCAAAGAAAUGAUCAUAUGUCCUAUAUAUGCCAACUUGCCCACGGACCUGCAGGCAAAGAUUUUCGAGCCGACUCCCCCAGGAGCGAGAAAGGUAGUCUUGGCCACCAACAUCGCCGAGACAUCUUUGACCAUUGACGGAAUCGUUUAUGUUAUUGACCCAGGCUUCGUCAAAGAGAACCAAUACAAUCCUCGCACAGGCAUGGAGUCCUUGGUCGUAGUGCCCUGCAGCCGUGCUUCGGCGGGACAGCGUGCUGGUCGAGCAGGUCGAGUUGGUCCUGGAAAGUGUUUCCGCUUAUACACAGCCCAAGCAUACAAGAACGAGCUCGAUGAAAACACCACACCCGAGAUCCAGAGAACAAAUCUCACAGGCGUGGUACUCCUGCUCAAAAGUCUUGGUAUUAAUGACCUCUUGGAUUUCGAUUUCAUGGAUCCUCCAUCGACGGAUACACUCGUUCGGGCAGUUGAGCAGUUGUACGCGCUGGGCGCACUCAACAAUGCCGGCGAAUUGACCAAGAUCGGGCGACAGAUGGCUGAAUUCCCAACGGAUCCUAUGCUUGCUCGAUCGAUUCUUGCAGCUGACAAGUACGGCUGUGUCGAGGAAGUGCUGUCAAUCAUUGCGAUGCUGGGUGAAGCAUCUGCAUUGUUCUUCCGACCUAAAGACAAGAAGAUCCAUGCUGACAGUGCGAGGGCGAGAUUCACCAACAAAGAUGGCGGUGACCACCUCUCACUGCUGAAUGUCUUCAAUGAGUGGGCGGACUCGGACUACAGCUUUGUAUGGGCAAAAGAAAAUUUCCUGCAGCAACGAAGCCUGACUAGAGCUCGAGACGUUCGAGACCAGCUAGCCAGACUGUGUGAUCGUGUCGAGGUAGAUGCUGGUAAGACCUGUGGAGGUCAGUCCAACAUGGAGCCGAUUCAAAAAGCCAUCACCGCAGGCUUCUUCCCGCAUUCUGCACGCUUACAACGUGACGGGCAGAGUUAUCGUACGGUCAAGAAUGGGCAAGUUGUGUAUAUCCAUCCCUCCAGCGUUCUCAUCGAGAACCAACCGAAGUGGGUGAUCUACCAUGAAUUGGUCCUGACAAGCAAGGAAUACAUGAGGAGCUGCAUGCCGCUGAAACCAGAGUGGCUGAUCGAGGUGGCUCCGCACUAUUACAAGAAGAAGGAUCUUGAGUCAUUGGGAGUGGAACGAAAGGUGCCGAGAGGCGAAGGCAAAGCUCAGAGCAAGAUAUAG